CUUCAGUUUCUGCUAUCUUUCAUCAUUCGUCCGUUUCACCACCUACACUGGAACCCUACCUCCCCUUUUUGGUCUACACCAUAUCUGAUCGGGAAUUUAAAAGAUUCGAUCCUAGGGCUCUCGACACCCAUCGACACCCAAAAAAAAACCUGGCCGAAACAGGAUCGGGGUAACCUCACAUCCUAAAUCUCACAUAGACACCUACAUGUUGCAGAAACACGUGCGAGCCUGGACCAGCAGGGCGACCAGACAGCUCUCCAUCAUGGCAUCAUCCGUGACCUCCAAUACACCGAUGGAGGAUGCCAUUCGGGCAAAGAUCACUGAGGCUCUCAAGCCCUCGACCCUGGAGAUCUUCAACGACUCUCACAAGCACGCACACCACCAGCCCAUGGUGGGUAGCACUUCCAAGGAGACGCACUUCAGACUGGUAAUCACCUCCGAGGCUUUCAGGUCCAAGAUGCAGCCCGCCCGACAUCGCAUCAUCUACCAGCUGCUCGAGAGCGAGAUGGCUCAGGAGGGGGGUAUUCACGCCUUGCAGUUGCGGACUAUGACGCCGGAAGAGGAGCAACGGAGGAAAGAGCAGGCGAAGUAAACCUCGACUGUCCAGCGCCGCAACCGAAGCAAGUUGAGGACGACGGAAUCUGGAAAGUUGGGGAUGGGUGAUGUACGUGUACGAUAUUGUCGCGUGUAUAAGAUGUCGGGCUCAACUCACUAAUUGCGGUGGCAUGCGAAUUUGGCAAAUACAAGAUGACUCACAAUCUGAUACGCCACCCCUCUUGCGCCUACGAAGAUAACGAUCAACCAGAAUCGUACCUAGGUAGUCAUGAAUAGGUGAGUCUUGUUAACUCAGGUUAUAUGAGAACACGUAUUAUUCUACGUUCGUAUCUCGAGAAAUAAAACAACG